AUGUACACUACUUUCUCCGAAUUGGCGGGUAUAUCUGGAAACCUUUUAGAUAAUUGUGAUGAAUAUUUCGGCCCGGGAUUUACCUUGAUUUUAAGUCCUAUAUUGCAGAUAGUUAGUCGUAUGGAGCUGCUUUCAUUUCUGAUUCAUUUGCGAUUGAAGUGUACUCAGAAAUCAAUAGAGAGAAAAUUGCAUUCGAAAGAUAUUAAAGAUGAAGAGUUGGAACUACAUGGCAGGACACUUGAGAGCUUAUUGUCUGUUUUUAGUAUUCUCAUGGACAGUAAUAAAACUUUCAUGAGCUAUUUCAAAGACAGGUACUAUUUUGCUUGGAAAUAUUUACAAUCGAUUGUAUAUGGCCUCAAUAUUACUUCUGAUGAUAGACUUUAUGAUGAUGAAAAAACAACAGAUAAUGCUUCUUUGAAAUAUUCUUUGAACGAUAUUUCUGAUCUAGAAAAGUUAUUAACAUCUUGCGUAAAUUUGAAGGAAAAAAAUCUGAGCAGUCUUACAAGUAUAUCAAUAUUAGAUCGUCAUAGAAAAAUCGACAAACCUUCAAUCGAAAGUAGAAAAGAAGGGGAUUCAAUGGAAGCCAUAAUGAACGAUAUUCAAGUUGACAAACUAUGGAGACUGUUGGAUUUGUUUAAGCAAGAAUCUUCUGACCUUCAAUUCAGAAGCAUAUGGUCAAAUGCUGGAGAGCCGGAUGUUAGUUCUGUUUUAUUUCCAGGAAACUUAUCACUUGAAAAUUCAAAUGUGAUACCCCCUACUGGAGCUGAUGCCAUGUAUCAGGAGAACGAUCCUUUUAGACAAUUUGGGAUUGAAGACCUUUUUUUUGAUAGUGAGUUUUACAUGAGACUUAACCAUCUUCAUUGA